AUGGAUCAUUUGCCUGAAGGUUGCGUAUCAAAAAUUCUCUCUCUAACAUCGCCGAAAGAUGCAGCUAGGUCUUCAGCUGUCGCAAAAAUAUUCAUGUCAGCCGCAGAAUCUGACAACGUCUGGGAGGCUUUUAUUCCAUCUGAUUAUCUACAAGCUAUAUCUAGAUCAGGCAAUUUGAUGGAGUUUCCUUCAAAAAAGCAACUCUACUUCAGUCUCUGCGACACUUCGAUUCUCCUUGAUGGAGGAAAAUUGAGCCUUUCAGUGGAUAAGAACACGGGGGGUAAAUGUCUUAUGAUCGCAGCACGAAAGCUUGGAAUUAUAUGGGGUGGUACACCAGCAUAUUGGGAAUGGUUGUCUCACCCGGAUGCCAGAUUCUCUGAAGUAGCUAAACUUAGGAGCAUUAGUUGGCUUGAUAUCCGAGGAAAAAUUGGAACUCGGAUGCUGUCAAAAAGAACCAGUUAUUGCGCUUAUCUAGUGUUCAAGCUGGAAGAUCGGUUUUAUGGCCUUACAAAUGUCAAGGCAGUUGUUAGAUUUGCUGAUAGAGAGAGUGACCAUGAUGUAAGGGAACGAGCUAAAGUUGUUCAUUUUUCUGGAGAAGUCCCUGGAGCAACGCUACCCUUGAUUAGAAGUGAUGGAUGGAUGGAAUUGAAAAUGGGAAACUUUUUCAAUGAUAGGGGAGAAAAUGGAGCUGUUGAAGCGCGAUUGAUGCAAACAAGGCAAACUUGGAAACACGGCCUCAUUGUACAAGGAAUUGAGUUUCGUCCAGAAUGA